AUGGCUGCUUCCCACGACAAGAAUGAUGGCACCGUUGCCACGACGCAACACCAUGAGGUGCACAACGACCGUCUCGAGGCCAGCCUCAAGCCCGAUGAGGCGACGGCGGAUGCCGUAGCCAAGGGCCAGCUGGCAACGGGUUUCGAGAACAUGACUUUGUGGCAGACCAUCAGCACCUUCAAAAUCGCCUCUGCCUGUUGUGUCCUGGCUGCGUUCAGUGCUGGUGCCGACGGAUACCAGGUUGGCAUGAACUCGAGCAUCAUCGCCAACAAGGGCUUCAUCGCACAGUUUGCCACCGAGGCGAGCCCCGCGGGUGUCAAGUUCCUCUCGUCGAGCUACAUCAGCGCGUGGGGGGUGGGCUCUCACGGCGGGCAGAUUGUCGGGCAGAUCGCCGUGUCCUUUGUCAACGCGCGGCUGGGGCGCAAGGCGGGCUUCGCGGCGCUGUGGCUGGUCGUGGCGCUCAGCAUCAUGACCGAGAUGCUCGCGCGCGACUGGGCGGUCUGGCUCGGCGCCAAGAUGCUCGCCGGCGCGGGCGUGGGCAUGCUCCAGGCCACUGUGCUUGGCUACAUCAGCGAGGUCGCCCCCGUGCGCAUCCGCGGCGGCAUGCUCAUGCUCUACUCGUUCUGGUGGACACUCGGCACCUUCUUCGCCCAGGUCGCCCUCCAGCGCCUCAACGCCACCGACCCGACCAACUGGCUCACUCCGGUCAUGACGCAGUGGGGCCAUGUUGGCGUCAUGGCUAUCAUCUACGCCGUCCUGCCCGAGUCCCCGGCGUGGUGCGCCAGCGUGGGCAAGGAAGAAAAGGCCAAGAAGUGGCUGCGGUUCAUCCACCGCGACGUCAGGGGCUAUGAUGUCGACAGGCAGUACCAGGCCCUGGCUCUCGCCAUCGAGCACGAGAAGGCCGUCGCCGCCGAGCAGCGCCGCGAGAGCUGGACCGCCAUCUUCAGAGGCACGGACGGCCGCCGCACGCUCACUGCGCUCUGGGCGGUCGUGGCCCAGCAGUUUCUCGGCCUGUCGCUGUUCCUCGUAUUUGGCACCUACUUCUUCCAGCAGGCCGGCCUCGAGGACCCGUUCAAGGUCAAGGUGAUUACCAGCUCGCUGCAGAUCGUGACCGUCGUCAGCUCCGUCCUGCUGGUCGACCGGUACGGCCGGCGUCUGAUGGCGUGCACGGCCACGACCUUGAUGUGGGUGUCUUGCCUGGUCGUGGGCAUUCUUGGGUUCAUUCCAGAGAACAGCGCCACCGUCUACGUGUUCAUCUUGUUUGCCUGUUUCUGGAAUAUUGGCAUUGCCGCCAACGGUGCAGCAGGCUGGGGCUAUGUGGGCGAGAUCUCGUCACAGCGCCUGCGUCCCUACACGUCCAGCUUUGCAGCGGCUGCCAACGCGGCCAGCGGCCUCGUCAUGUCUGUGCUGGUGCCGUACAUGGUCAACGCCAAUGCGUGGAACUGGCGGCUCAAGACGGGUCUCUUCUAUGCUGGAGUGGGCCUCUUCUGGACGGUCGGUGCGUGGUUCGUCCUCCCCGAGACUGCCGGCCGGUCUGCCGCCGAGCUGGACGAGUUGUUCGAGGGCAAGAUCCGAGCAUGGCGGUUCCACAAGACAGAGACGGCUACGCAGAGGCUGGUCAAGGCGGAGAGAGACACGCGGUGAGCGGGAGUGCCGAUUCCUGGACGGGAACCGAGCUGUGGGUUGCCAAUUCUAGAUACGCGGAAUAGAGAUAGCAGUAGUAGCGAAGCAAACAGCGACGACAAGGGUUCUCCGGA